AUGACUGAACCCACUUGUACAAUUAAGAGACUAGAUGAAUCAGUUAUUAACAAAAUUGCUGCUGGUGAAAUCAUUAUACAACCAGCAAACGCGUUAAAGGAAAUGUUGGAAAAUUCGAUUGAUGCCAAGGCAACCAUGAUUGAAAUAUUAGUUAAAGAUGGUGGAUUAAAAUUAUUACAAAUUACUGAUAAUGGCCAUGGUAUAUCCAAAGUUGAUUUACCUUUAUUGUGUGAGAGAUUUGCCACUUCGAAAUUGAGUAAAUUUGAAGAUUUGGAAUCUAUUGCCACCUAUGGAUUCCGUGGUGAGGCAUUAGCUAGUAUUUCCCAUAUAUCGAGAUUAUCAGUGAUUACCAAACAACCAGAUUCCAAAGUGGCAUACAAAGCCUAUUAUAUGAAUGGCCAACUAUGUAGUUCCAAUUUCAAACCAUCAAAUACCAAUGUUGAACCCAAACCAAUUGCUGGGAAAGAUGGAACCCAAAUUAUAGUUGAAGAUUUAUUUUAUAAUAUUCCAUCAAGAUUACGAGGACUAAAAUCAAAAAGUGAUGAGUUUGCCAAAAUUUUGGAUAUUGUUGGUCGAUAUGCCAUUCAUUGUGAAACUGUGGGAUUUAGUUGCAAAAAAUAUGGUGAUCCAUUACAACAGGUAAACACCCGUCCCAGUAUGCCCAUUAAAGAAAGAAUCAGAGUUGUAUAUGGAUCAGGAAUUGCCAAUGAAUUAUUAGAAAUUGAUGGGAUUUCAAAUGGUGAAUUGGGUUUAGUGAAAGUAUCCGGUGUAAUGACUAAUGCCAAUUAUAACAAUAAAAAGAAAAUCCAACCGAUAUUUUUUAUAAAUCAUAGACUUGUUACAUGUGAGCCAUUGAAAAGGGCAAUUAAUGCCGUGUUUCUGUAUUUUUUGCCAAAGGGAAGUCAUUCAUUUUACUAUCUUAGCUUGGAAAUUAAACCAGAAAACCUCGAUGUCAAUGUCCAUCCUACAAAACGAGAAGUUCGAUUUUUAAAUGAAGAUGAAAUAAUUGAUAUUAUUGUUAGUGAGAUACAUACAAAAUUAUCAAGUGUUGAUACUUCAAGAAAAUUCAAAACUCAGAGUAUAAUUACAAAGAGAAGGAAUAGUAAUGAAGAGUUGGAAGAACAUCUGUUGCCAAAAGCACUGCAGCCAUCUUUAAAGAAAUAUCGACAAGAAAACAAGAUGGUGAGAGUAGAUGCUAGUCAAUCAAAAUUGAGUUCAUUUAUGCAACUGCAACCAUCACUGAAUUACCAUGAUGUGAUGAAGAAAGAAUUUGAAUAUUACUCUUCUCUGAUAGUUGAAGAUGACACUAUCAAUACCGAGCAAGACAUACCUGAAAAAGAAAGCGAGGAAGAACCCCCUAAUGAAUCUAACUCAAUUUUAGAGUCGCCAUCGAAAAUAGCAACAAAAAUUGAGACUAAUCAUUUACGUCAACCAGUACAAGUAAAUUUAGAAUCAAUAGCUCUGUUGAAAAACGAUUUGACUUUAAUAAUAGAUAAACCAUUGACAAAUAUUUUUAAUAAUGCAGUUUAUGUGGGGAUAAUUGAUCCAUUGAAACGAUUAUGUUGUUUCCAAUAUGAUGUCAAAUUAUUUUUAUGUGAUUAUGCUGCGGUGUUAUUGGAAUUUUAUUAUCAAAUUGGUCUACAUGAAUUUUGUAAUUUUGGAGAAAUUGAAUUUGAUGAACCAAUUAAAUUAAUUGAUAUAUUACAACCAUUAUAUGAUAAAAAUGAUGAUUUGAUACCUAUGGAUAAAGUUAUCGAUUCAGUUUUCCUCAUGAAAGAUAUGUUUAGAGAAUAUUUUCAAAUUAUUAUUGACAACGAUAAACAAUUGACAACAUUACCAAUGUUAUUAGUUGGAGUUGAACCAGAUUUCAACAAAUUACCAUAUUUGAUAUACCGAUUAGGUGCUAAAAUCAAUUAUGGAGAUGAAAAGGAUUGUUUAAAGGGUAUAUUGAGACAAAUUGCAUUGUUUUAUUUACCGGAACCAACUAAUGAUGAAACCAAAAAUAAUGCAUUUGAAAAUCAAUUGGAGAGUAUCUUGUUCCCGGAAAUAAAACGACAGUUUUUAGCACCGAAAAACUUGCUUCGAGAUGUGAUACAAAUUGCCGAUUUACCAGGAUUAUAUAAAGUUUUUGAAAGGUGUUAA